UUCAACUUUUUAUUGAAGUUUAACUACCACAAAUUGAAUUUAUACAAAAAAAAUAAGUAUUUAGAGGCUUUUUAUUCCAAAAGCGCGUGUAUUUUGCCGCUAGUAUUACAAAAUAAAAGUGAAAUGAGUGCGUGUUUGCAAAAUUCAAAAAAUUCAGCCGCUUUGGCAGUGAUUAAUGAAGAUACGGCGUCUUGCGACCCAACGUUUAGUAGUAGUAUCAGUAGUAGAAGAGAAGUUAAUGAAAACGCUCUUGGAUACCCAAGUGUAUCUAAGGCACGCACCGUCUCCUCAUCCUCUUGCGCUACUAGCGUCUCGAAUGAGUCCUUCUGUAUCUCUCUCGGCGUAGGGCCUCUGUGGUGGUUUGAUGUCCCUACCCACCACAGAACUGAUCACGAUAGGGCGUCACUCUUAACUGAACACUCUCGGAAGAUUUCUGUGGAUUCAGCUGGUGGCAGUGUAUUCGAACACAGCCGCACUUCGUCGGAGUGCUCUGAUUCGGAUGGCAGCGAUUCACAACAUUGCAGCAGUGAUGCACAAUCACUAUAUUCGAACGAAGAUUGCCAAGAGAUGGUCCAACAUAUCUUGCAACAUGAUAAUCCAACUCGUAUAACCAUCAAAUUGCACGUUACGGAGAACCAGUUCUCGGAAUGGGAAUCGGUUUUGAAUCCGGAGAAUAACAUUUUGUACGUUGCAAUGCCUGAUAAGCUUCCCCCAGAGGCUUCGAAGGAUACAUUCAUCUCUUUGUUGGAGUUCGCCGAAGACAAAUUGGAUGUCAACGCAGUUGUUUUAUGUGUACGCAAGAAUCGACCAGAUCGCGCAUCUCUCUUCGAGACUUUCUUGAUUAUGGGUUUCCAACCAUUGUCCAGAAAAUCACCAUUGGCACCACCAUCCACUGCUAAGACUUCUGAGAAUUAUUACUUCAUCUACCACAUUGAAGACUAAGUUGACAUAACAAAAAACAUCAUUAUAAUAAAUGUGUGUGACGCUAACUCAUUCGUAAAAAAAAAGAAGUAAUUUUUAAAUUCUAAGAAAAACACCAAACUUACAUGCUUCGAAACACAUUUAAAAAGGGACAACCAAAUAAAUGACUGAGAAAACAUCCAUUAGCGCUCACAACACAAUAUGUCAACUUUGAGUAAGAAAGUUAAGAGUAAAGGCAAAAAUAUCGUAUUUUAUUCAAAAACACUAAAAAAAAGAUAAAAA